UCAAUACGACGUCCGGAAGAGAUUGAUCGUUGAUCGAGAUUGUUCCAACAUUUACAUAAACGAUCACCUAACAGAUGUUUGAAAGUGUUACACCCAUUUGCGUAUCUCUGGUUCUUCAAAGUAUUUUUGGUGUGUAACCAUUCAUCCGCUUUAUCUCAUUUUAUAGCUGGCAUUUAUCACUGGCUGGCAAAUGACUCUAUCUGAUGGCGUCCUCGUUUCGAUUCGUUCUCCAUUCGUCCUUAUAGGCCCACCGACUGGUGCGGUUUAUGUCUCAUUCUGGCUCUCUCCCUCACCAGAUCGAUGAGAGAACUUCUCGCAUGACGAUGGCGGAAUUCUAACAAACGUAUUCUUCUUCGCUGGCUGUUGCCUGUGAGCCCCAAAGGCAAUGUGUGAGCGUAUCGAUACGGCUCCAUGCUGAGUACCGUGAGGGGGGGAUGAGGCUUAGCACAGUAUACGUUCAACCGGUCGGCGGAAUAGAUGCGCACAAAAUUCAGCAUCCGAUUCCGGUUCGAGUAUUAUCCGUGUUUUCAGUGAAUAGUGUUGCCGCGUGAGCUACGCAAUGGAACGCAAUGCGAUAUUCGGUCAAUCCUGGCUUGCCAUCGUUCUGCUAGUGUUGUGCAUUGCCGUGAAUUAUGGUGCCGGUCUGCAAGAAGGGGAACAGUGUACGCAUCAGGGUGAACCAGGCGUCUGCACACCGUACUCGAGAUGUAAGCCCACCAAUCGGAUCACCGUAUGCCGCUACUCGACACAGGAAGCGAUCGUCUGUUGCCCCCAGUCCAUGGUCCCGUCCAGCAGCGGCAGACCCGUGGGUCUAUCGGCAACGUCCGGGUUUGCGGUCUCCCGUGACAACACCGAAAGGAUCAGCGUACAAAAAUGCAACGAGUACAAACAGCUGACCACGAAGAGUGUGUCGAUCAGUGCGCUCACACUCAAUCCGACGCUGGUGCAGGUCGAGGUAUCGAAGUGUGACACGGUGGUAAAAUUGAUCGUCGGUGGCAACGUGACGAAACCGGGCGAAUUCCCGCAUAUGGCGGCCAUCGGUUGGCCGCAGCGUUCCGGGGGCUACUCGUUCGAUUGCGGUGGUUCGCUUAUCAGUGAGUACUACGUCCUGACUGCCGCUCACUGCUACUUGGAGGAUGACGAUGGUGCCCUACCCACGAUCGUACGGUUGGGUGAUCAGAAUCUGUACCGCACGGAUGACGGUGCCGAACCGGCAGACUACGAGAUCCUGCGCUUCAUCCUGCAUCCGGCCUUCAAAUGGAGGGAAGGAAAGUACAACGAUCUGGCGCUGAUUCUACUUCGCCAGCGUGUCAUCUUUACCGAUUUUAUCCGCCCAGCUUGCCUGUAUGAGGGUGAGCUGCAGCCCUUCAGUACGGCCAUCGCUACGGGUUUCGGAUUGACGGAGAGUUUCGGUACGAAGGCGAACGAACUGCGCAAGGUGUCACUGUACGUGUACGAGAACGAGGUGUGCGGGGUACGGUACCGUGCGAACCGGCACAUCCGACUCGGCAUCAUGGACACGCAGCUGUGCGUCGGUGAUCAGGCCGGUGGGCACGACACAUGCCAGGGUGAUUCCGGUGGUCCGCUGCAGAUUACGCGCGGUGAGAACCAGUGCACGUUUUACAUCGUCGGAUUGACGUCCUUUGGGCAGGCCUGUGGCAGUGCCAUACCCGCCAUCUACACCAAGGUGAGCGCGUACCUGGACUGGAUCGAAUCGGUCGUGUGGCCAUACAAAGGGAAAAAAGGUUCCGCGCUUCAGGUUGCAGGUGGUUCGAUCCUAGUGCAACACGAUUCUCUGUGGAUCCCGAAAUAUUUCAACAAAAAUCAAAUCGUUAUGUGUUCCAUGGUGUUCUGGUCCGCUAGCCGGUGCAUCGUAACGCUGGUGAUCGUGGCAUCAACACUGGCCAGCUGUGUCUUUGCGGCGAAUGACGGUGAUUCCUGUCAGUACAAUAACGAACCCGGCAUCUGCCGAGGGUACAGUGUGUGCCGGCCCCUCCUUGAGGUGUCACGUGUGGUGAAGAUCUGUGGCUACACCCCGAAACAGGCGAUCGUGUGCUGCCCCGUGGACUACGAGCAGCGACUUGCGCAGCUAAACAACGUCCACCAGCGGCUCAGUGAGAAAAAAUGUGCCGAGUAUGGGCGUUCGGCCGGUGGUAAUGUGCUACUGGGGACGCUCGGGGUCGGAUCGUCAGUGGUGAAGCACAAGGAACAGAACCGGUGCCCAACGGACACCAAUCUGAUCGUCGGUGGUACGGAGGCACGGCUCGGUGAGUUUCCACACCUGGUCCGGUUGGCCAUGCCCGACGAAAGUGGCCGCUAUUCGUUCCAGUGCGGCGGUACGCUGGUCAGCGAACAGUGGGUCCUGACGGCCGCACACUGCGUCGUGACGCGCAACAUCCUUGUGAGGCUGGGCGAGGUGAAGGAGAACAAUCCGGACUACCCGGAACCGCUGGAUGUCCGUGUGGCGGAGUACAAACGCCAUCCACAGUACAAGGUCCGCCAGAGCUACCACGACAUUGCGCUACUGAAGCUGGAACAACCGGUGACCUUCUCGCGCAUCAUUCGACCUGCCUGUCUCUACUCUUCGCCCAACAUUGACCGGACAAAGGGCGUUGCCAUCGGAUUUGGAGCUCUCGAAACUGGCGGCACCGGCACAAAGGAUCUGCUGAAGGUGACACUGGAUCUGUUCGAGACGACCGCCUGCAAUGUGUACUUCCGCAGUAACCGCCAAGUACCGCAGGGGUUGAUCGACGGACAAAUGUGUGCUGGUGUCCUGGCCGGUGGCAAGGACACGUGUACCGGCGAUUCGGGAGGUCCGCUCCAGAUCUUCGCCGAGGAUGCUGCCUGCUCUGCUUACAUCAUCGGCAUCACCUCAUUCGGGAACAUAUGUGGCUCCUCAUCACCGGGCGUGUAUACGCGCGUCUCGCACUACCUCGACUGGAUAGAGAGUGUCGUGUGGCCGGGAAAAUGA